UCGCGGUCCUGAGGCGGAGGGGGAAGGCGGCCGUCAACAUGGCGGCGCGCAGAGCGGGCAGCGCCUGAGCCCGGCUCCCGGCCCCGACCCCCCCCGCCCCCCGCGCGGCCCGGCCCGGCCCGGCCAUGGAGAGCGAGGAGGAGCAGCACAUGACCACGCUGCUCUGCAUGGGCUUCUCGGACGCGGCCGCCAUCCGCAGGGCCCUGCGCCUGGCCAAGAACGACAUCAACGAGGCCGUGGCGCUGCUCACCAACGAGCGGCCCGGCCUGCACUACGGCGGCUACGAGCCCAUGGACAGCGGGCAGGGCCAGCCGGGGCAGGGCGGGCACGGCUCGCCGGCGGGCGGGCAGGGCUCCCGCGCAGGAGACGGAGACGGCGGCGGGGGGAGCGGCGGCGGAGGCGGGUUCGACCCACCGCCCGCUUACCAUGAGGUGGUGGAGACCGAGAAAAAUGAUGAAAAUGGGAACUGCUCUGGAGAAGGUAUUGAGUUUCCUACAACCAAUUUGUACGAACUGGAGAGCAGAGUCUUAACAGAUCACUGGUCCAUACCAUAUAAGCGAGAAGAGUCCCUGGGCAAGUGCCUAAUUGCAUCUACCUACCUAGCAAGACUUGGUCUUUCUGAUUCUGAUGAGAAUUGCAAAAGAUUCAUGGACAGAUGUAUGCCUGAAGCAUUUAAAAAGUUGCUGACAUCAAGUGCUGUUCAUAAAUGGGGUACUGAAAUCCAUGAGGGAAUCUACAACAUGUUGAUGCUGCUAGUAGAUCUGGUCGCAGAGAGAGUGAAACAAGACCCAAUUCCUGUUGGCCUUCUGGGUGUGCUUACAAUGGCUUUUAACCCUGACAAUGAAUACCAUUUCAAGAAUCGAAUGAAGGUAUGCCAGAGAAACUGGGCAGAAGUCUUUGGAGAAGGAAAUCUGUACGCUGUCUCACCCAUAUCUACUUUCCAAAAGGAACCUCAUGGGUGGCUGGUGGAUCUGGUAAACAGGUUUGCGGAGUUGGGUGGAUUUUCAGCAAUUCAGUCUAAACUCCAUUCAGAAGAUAUUGAACUUGGGGCAGUCUCUGCAUUAGUUCAGCCAUUGGGGGUGUGUGCAGAGUAUCUCAACUCUUCUGUAGUGCAGCCCAUGCUGGAUCCAGUCAUUCAUAAAAUGAUUAAAUAUGUACAGAAUGUGGAAGAGAAGGACCUAAAAGACAAGAGGCUAGUUAGUAUCCCUGAACUCCUGUCUGCUAUAAAGCUACUGUGUAUGCGCUUCCAACCUGACCUGGUAACUGUGGUGGAUGAUCUACGAUUGGACAUUCUGUUGCGCAUGUUAAAAUCUCCCCACUUCAGUGCAAAAAUGAAUUCCCUCAAAGAAGUAACCAAAUUAAUAGAAGACAGCACUGUAUCGAAAUCUGUAAAGAAUGCAAUAGAUACAGACCGAUUAUUAAACUGGCUAGUUGAAAACUCUGUUCUAUCAAUUGCACUAGAAGGUAAUAUAGACCAAGCACAGUACUGUGACCGCAUAAAGGGAAUUAUUGAACUGCUGGGCAGUAAAUUGUCUUUGGAUGAGCUCACUAAAAUUUGGAGAAUACAGUCAGGACAAUCAUCCACUGUGAUUGAAAAUAUACAUACUAUUAUUGCUGCAGCUGCUGUGAAAUUCAGCUCCGAUCAGCUUAAUCAUCUGUUUGUCCUUAUUCAGAAGAGCUGGGAGACUGAGAGUGACAGAGUGCGACAAAAACUGUUGAGCCUGAUAGGACGUAUUGGUCGGGAAGCACGAGUUGAGACAACCACUGGAAAGGUCCUAGAGGUGCUUUGGGAACUGGCUCAUCUUCCAACGUUACCCUGUGGACUAAUUCAGCAGGCCUUGGAGGAACAUCUGACAAUUCUUAGUGAUGCUUAUGCAGUGAAGGAAGCAAUCAAAAGGAGCUACAUCAUCAAAUGCAUAGAAGACAUUAAGAGGUCAUCCCAACAUCAUAAUCCCCAGUUUGUUUGGGUGGUACCAGCUUUACGUCAGCUCCAUGAAAUCACACGUUCGUUUAUUAAACAAACAUACCAAAAGCAAGAUAAGAGCAUUAUUCAAGACUUGAAGAAAAAUUUUGAAAUAGUGAAACUGGUGACUGGAAGCCUAAUAGCAUGUCAUCGGUUGGCUGCAUCUGUAGCAGGUCCUGGUGGACUAGUUGGAGCAACAUUAGUCGAUGGCCGAUACACUUACCGGGAGUACUUAGAGGCGCAUUUAAAAUUUCUGGCAUUUUUUCUGCAAGAAGCCACCCUCUAUUUGGGUUGGAAUCGGGCCAGGGAAAUCUGGGAAUGUCUUGUGACGGGUCAAGAUGUUUGUGAGUUAGAUCGAGAGAUGUGCUUUGAGUGGUUUACAAAAGGACAACAUGAUCUGGAGAGUGACAUACAGCAGCAGCUCUUCAAAGAGAAAAUUCUCAAACUGGAGUCGUAUGAAAUUACUAUGAAUGGUUUUAGUUUAUUUAAGACAUUCUUUGAGAAUGUGAACCUAUGUGAUCAUCGACUAAAACGACAAGGAACUCAGUUGAAUGUAGAAAAACUGGAAUUAAUAGGGAUGGAUUUUAUUUGGAAAAUAGCAAUGGAAUCACCUGAUGAAGAAAUUGCUAAUGAGGCCAUUCAGUUGAUCAUAAAUUACAGCUAUAUUAAUCUAAAUCCUAGAUUGAAAAAGGAUUCAGUGUCGCUACACAAGAAAUUCAUUGCUGAUUGUUACACAAGAUUAGAGGCAGCCAGUUCAGCACUUGGUGGUCCGACAUUAACACAUGCUGUUACAAGAGCUACAAAAAUGCUUACAGCAACUGCUAUGCCUACCGUAGCAACAUCAGUACAGUCUCCCUACAGGUCAACUAAACUUGUCAUAAUUGAGAGACUGCUACUUCUGGCAGAACGCUAUGUGAUAACUAUAGAGGACCUUUACUCUGUUCCUCGUACUAUUCUACCUCAUGGUGCCUCUUUCCACGGACAUCUUUUAACACUUAAUGUUACAUAUGAGUCUACCAAAGAUACCUUCGCUAUAGAGGCUCAUAGCAAUGAAACUGUAGGAAGCGUCAGGUGGAAAAUAGCAAAGCUGCUGAAUUCUCCUGUGGAUAAUAUACAGAUAUUUGCAAAUGAAAGUCUGCUAACAGUAAAUAAAGAUCAGAAGCUAUUCCACCAGCUGGGCUUCUCUGAAGAACAUGUACUUACAGUAAAAACAUCAGGAAGUGGAACCCCCUCGGGGAGUUCUGUCGAUUCCUCCACCAGCUCCAGCAACAGUAGUGGUGUCUUUAGUUCAUCUUAUGUGAUGGAACAGGAGAAAUCCCUCCCGGGAGUAGUGAUGGCUCUCGUGUGUAAUGUUUUUGACAUGCUUUACCAGCUUGCUAACCUAGAGGAGCCAAGGAUAACUUUGCGUGUACGAAAGCUUCUGCUGUUGAUUCCUACUGACCCAGCUAUUCAGGAAGCACUUGAUCAACUAGAUUCUCUAGGAAGAAAGAAAACACUGCUGUCCGAAUCAAGUUCUCAGUCUUCAAAAUCCCCAUCCUUGUCUUCAAAGCAUCAACACCAGCCCAGUGCUAGUUCAAUACUGGAAAGUCUCUUUAGAUCUUUUGCUCCUGGCAUGUCCACCUUUAGAGUGCUCUACAAUUUAGAGGUGCUGAGCUCCAAGCUGAUGCCAACAGCAGAUGAUGAAAUGGCAAGAAAUUGUGCCAAAUCUUUCUGUGAAAACUUUCUAAGAGCAGGAGGCUUGAGUUUGGUGGUGAAUGUGAUGCAGAGAGACUCCAUCCCAUCAGAAGUGGACUAUGAAACAAGACAGGGAGUCUAUUCCAUCUGCCUGCAACUUGCAAGGUUCUUGCUUGUUGGCCAAACACUUCCUACCUUACUAGAUGAGGAUAUCCUCAAAGAUGGGGUAGAAGCACUGUCCUCACGCCCAUUCCGUAAUGUGAGCCGACAGGCUAGCAGGCAGAUGUCCAUUUGUGGAACACCUGAGAAGUCAUCCUACCGACAGUUGUCAGUUUCUGACAGGUCCUCCAUUAGGGUGGAAGAGAUCAUACCUGCAGCACGGGUUGCGAUACAAACAAUGGAGAUAAAUGAUUUCACGUCUACAGUGGCUUGCUUCAUGCGACUUUCUUGGGCUGCUGCUGCAGGACGACUUGACCUAGUGGGGAGCAGUCAACCAAUAAAAGAAAGUAACACUUUAUUUCCUGUUGGGAUUCGAAACAGACUUAGCAGCUCAGGAAGCAAUUGUAGCUCAGGAAGUGAAGGAGAGCCAACAGCACUCCACGCCGGAAUCUGUGUGAGACAGCAGUCUGUGUCCACCAAAGAUGCUCUGAUUGCUGGAGAGGCCUUGUCUCUACUCGUUACGUGCCUACAGUUACGCAGUCAGCAGUUGGGAUCGUUCUACAGCUUGCCUUGUGUUGCUGACUUCAUCAUUGACAUUCUACUUGGAUCACCAAGUGCCGAGAUUCGUCGCGUUGCCUGUGACCAAUUAUAUACCCUUAGUCAAACAGACACAUCAACUCACCCAGAUGUACAAAAACCAAACCAGUUUCUCUUAAGUGUCAUUCUCACUGCCCAGCUGCCUCUUUGGUCACCAACCAGUAUCAUGAGAGGAAUCAACCAGAGGCUCUUAUCGCAGUGUACAGAGUAUUUUGACCUGAGAUGCCAGUUACUGGACGAUCUCACUUCUUCUGAAAUGGAGCAGUUGAAGAUCAGCCCAGCUGUCAUGUUAGAAGAUGAGAUCACUUGGCUGGAUAACUUUGAACCCAACCGCACAGCUGAGUGUGAGACCAGUGAAGCUGACAACAUUUUAUUAGCAGGACACUUGAGGCUCAUUAAGACUCUUCUUUCAUUGUGUGGGGCAGAAAAGGAAAUGCUCGGUUCAUCUUUGAUUAAACCGUUAUUAGAUGAUUUCCUCUUCCGAGCAUCUAGGAUUAUCCUGAAUAGCAAUUCUCCAGCUGGCAGUGCUGCCAUCAGUCAGCAGGACUUUCACCCAAAGUGCAGUACAGUGGAUAGCCGAUUAGCAGCUUAUGAAGUGCUAGUGAUGUUGGCUGAUAGCUCACCUUCCAAUCUUCAGCUUAUUACAAAAGAGCUGCUUUCUAUGCACCAUCAGCCUGACCCUACACUUACCAAGGAGUUUGAUUAUCUUCCACCUGUGGACAGUCGAUCCACUUCAGGAUUUGUGGGGCUGAAGAACGGUGGUGCCACUUGUUACAUGAAUGCAGUCUUCCAGCAGCUAUACAUGCAGCCAGGUCUCCCUGAGGCAUUGCUUUCAAUUGACGAUGAUAUGGACAAUCCAGAUGACAGUGUAUUCUAUCAAAUUCAAUCUCUCUUUGGCCAUUUGAUGGAAAGCAAAUUGCAGUAUUAUGUACCUGAGAACUUUUGGAAGAUCUUCAAGAUGUGGAAUAAGGAACUUUAUGUUCGAGAGCAACAGGAUGCUUAUGAAUUCUUUACUAGCCUUAUAGAUCAGAUGGAUGAAUACCUCAAGAAAAUAGGACGAGACCAAAUAUUUAAGAAUACUUUUCAGGGCAUCUACUCAGAUCAGAAGAUCUGUAAGGACUGUCCUCACAGGUAUGAGCGCGAAGAAGCCUUCAUGGCUCUCAAUCUAGGAGUCACUUCAUGUCAAAGUCUGGAAAUUUCAUUGGAUCAGUUUGUUAGAGGAGAAGUUCUGGAGGGAAGUAAUGCAUACUACUGUGAGAAAUGCAAAGAAAAGAGAACUACAGUGAAGCGCACCUGCAUUAAAGCUCUGCCCAGUGUUUUGGUGAUCCACCUGAUGAGAUUUGGAUUUGAUUGGGAGAGUGGCCGCUCCAUUAAAUAUGAUGAACAGAUAAGGUUUCCCUGGAUGUUGAACAUGGAACCCUACACAGUUUCAGGAAUGGCUCGACAAGAUUCCUCUUCAGAAGUUGGUGACAAUGGGAGAAAUACAGAUCAAGGAGGUGGAGGAUCCCCACGAAAAAAAGUUGCCCCUACAGAAAACUACGAGCUUGUUGGUGUGAUUGUGCACAGUGGCCAGGCCCAUGCAGGGCACUAUUAUUCCUUUAUAAAGGACAGGAGGGGAUGUGGAAAAGGAAAAUGGUAUAAAUUCAAUGACACUGUUGUUGAAGAAUUUGAGUUAACUGAUGAAACCUUGGAAUAUGAAUGUUUUGGUGGAGAGUACAGACCGAAAGUAUAUGAUCAGUCUAACCCUUAUCCCGAUGUGCGUCGGCGGUACUGGAAUGCCUACAUGCUGUUUUACCAGAGAGUCUUGGAUCAGAACUCUCCAGUCUUACCAAAGAAAAGUCGAGUCAGCGUUGUACGGCAAGAAGCUGAGGAUCUCUCACUAUCUGCUCCAUCUUCUCCAGAAAUUUCACCCCAGUCAUCACCUCGACCACACAGACCCAACAGUGACCGUCUCUCCAUCUUGACUAAGCUGGUCAGAAAAGGAGAGAAGAAGGGACUCUUUGUAGAGAAAAUGCCUGUACGAAUAUAUCAGAUGGUGAGAGAUGAAAAUCUGAAAUUUAUGAAGAAUAGAGAUGUGUACAGUACUGACUAUUUCAGUUUUGUUCUGUCGUUAGCUUCUCUGAAUGCUACUAAGCUAAAACACCCCUAUUACCCAUGUAUGGCAAAGGUGAGCCUACAGCUAGCGGUCCAGUUCCUCUUCCAAACCUAUCUACGAACCAAGAAAAAACUCAGGAUUGAUACAGAAGAAUGGAUUGCCACCAUUGACGCAUUGCUUUCUAAAAGUUUUGAUGCUUGUCAGUGGCUAGUUGAAUAUUUGGUUGGAUCUGAGGGACGAGAGCUUGUAAAGACUUUUCUGCUGGAGUGCAGUGUAAGAGAGGUUCGAAUUGCUGUAGCCACCAUUCUUGAAAAAACUCUAGACGGUGCCUUGCUUUAUCAGGAUAAGUUAAAAAGUCUGCAUCAGGUAAUGGAGGUGCUACUUGCUCUGCUGGAUAAAGAUGUUCCCGAGAACUGUAAAAACUGUGCCCAGUACUUUUUCCUGUUCAACAACUUUGUACAUAAGCAGGGUAUAAGGGCUAGCAAUCUUCUUCUCCGACAUUCUGCUUUAAGGCAUAUGAUCAACUUUCUCCUUGGCCCCAACCGGCAAAAUAACCAGAACCGCAGGUGGAGUUCAGCACAAGCUCGGGAGUUUGGAUUCCUUCACAAUACUGUGGCACUACUUGUUUUGCACUCUGAUGUCUCCUCACAGAGGAAUGUGGCUCCUGGUCUCUUUAAACAGCGUCCACCUCUUAGCAUCACUGCCUCAGGUCCACUUCUGUCCCUCCAUGAAGAAGUGGAAGCCUUGUUGUUCCUAUCUGAGGGGAAGCCCUACUUACUGGAGGUGAUGCAUGCGUUCCGGGAGCUAACUGGAUCAUUGUCCAUUCUCAUUGAGAUGGUGGUGUACUGCUGCUUUUGUAAUGAGCAAUUUUCCCUCACCGUGCUACAUUUCAUCAAGAACCAGCUGGAAACUGCCCCCCCUCAUGAACUGAAAAACAUAUUCCAAUUACUUCAUGAGAUAUUGGUUAUUGAAGACCCUUUACAAGUAGAGAGGGUCAAAUUUGCAUUUGAGACUGAAAAUGGAUUGCUAGCCUUGAUGCACCAUAGUAAUCAUGUGGACAGCAGUCGUUGCUAUCAGUGUGUCAAGUUCCUUGUUACUCUUGCUCAGAAGUGCCCUGCUGCUAAAGAUUAUUUCAAGGAGAAUUCCCAUCAUUGGAGCUGGGCUGUACAGUGGCUACAGAAGAAGAUGUCCGAACAUUAUUGGGCUCCACAGAGUAAUGUGUCCAAUGAAACAUCCACGGCAAAAACCUUCCAGCGCACUAUUUCAGCACAGGACACACUGGCCUAUGCCACAGCCCUUUUGAAUGAGAAAGAUCAAUCAGGAAGCAGUAAUGGAUCAGAGAGUAGUCCAGCCAAUGAGAAUGGAGACAGAUAUCUACAACAGGGCUCGGAGUCUCCCAUGAUGAUUGGUGAGCCUAAAAGUGACCUUGAUGACGUUGACCCUUAAAGGAUAUCUACGAACUCAAGAGCAAGAGUUAAACCGAAAUAUUUAAUGCCUGGCACCUUUUUGAAACUGGAGUCCCAUCGCUUACACCUUCAGAGGAGACUGGAGAGAGUAUGCUUUAUAAGAAUCAGUGGCAACCCUGAAGAAUUUUGUUUCCGUCAGAGUUAAAAGCAUUCUUAAUCUGUGAAGGUUUAGGAACUUUAAUGCUGCAAAGAACUCCUGCGGUAGCUAGUGUGAUUGUCCAGACAGGAUGAAAGUUUUUGUCAGGAAGAUUUUAUCAAGUACAAAAAAAGCUAGUGGUUGAAAUUUUUAUUAUGUGAACAUUAAAUGAGUGAAUGUAAAACUGUUGCUUUUUCUGUGAUGCUGCAAAAAAAAGAUUCUUUUGGGUUUUAUACAGAAAAAAAAUCAGUCUGCCUUUAGGUAUGGGGGGCAAAUUUUUAAUCUUUGAUAAUAUUGAAUAGGAAUAUUCAAAAUUAUGUAAAGAUGUGUGAUGACUUGCAUUGUAAAAUAUUAGUUUAAGAAUCAGUCUACACAAGGACCUUUGUAUUUAAUAUGUCUCCCCGCUGGUUUGUAUAGCGCCUGACAGAGGGGUCACUAAGAGAGCUCUGAAAGGAUUGUGAUUCCUUAUAGAAUGACUUUGGCACAAGAACUCUGGAAUUGGUGAGCUUUUUCUGAUAACCUUCUGAUGUCAAAUUGGGAAGAGCAAUAAAAAAGCUUUGUUUUCUCUAGUAACAGGUGUGUAUGAAAUGACAUAGGUGGAUUUAAAAAAAAAAGUUUAAUGUUUAAAAAGAAGAAAAGCACUUUAAGAUUAAAUUGUUGCAGUUUGACUCCAUUAAAUCAUCUUUUUAAGACUUGGAGACAUAUUGAAUAAACUGUAGUCUUAAUCAUGUGAUCUGCAAUCAUUUGCUUAUGCUUUGAAGUUGCUGAGAAAGUUGGUAUUGGUUGUAUAUGAUUAAUUCCUUGAGUGAGUUGGAGACGUUGUGUGGAUUUUAUAAUAAUUUUAAUGCAGGGAAAGAAUGAUUUGGCUUUGUAUUUUCACUUGACCAGGCAACAUUUAAAAUGCCACAGCUAGGUUUAUUGGCUCAUAAAUAACUGGAAACCAGUUGAACUACAUGAGCGGAGUUUUGUUUUCCAUGUUGAAUGCAAUUCAGUCAUUUCUAGUAGCUCGGGAUACUAGCUUCUUUUGUGCCAAUUGAAUUUUCAUAUUUGUACAUUUUUGCAUUUUCAGUUUCACAUUGUCUGCACUGCUUUUGCCUUUAUUUAUGGAUUCUGCCUUACUUUAAAAAAAAAAAUGCACAGAAUUGGGGGAAAUCUUAAGGAGUGCCUGUGUACCUCCAAAAUGGAUACAUUUGCCAAGUCAAAGGCACAACCAGCCAAAAAGUGCCUUUUUUCUUUUUACUUUUAUGUACUGUUGUCAAAACAAGAACUGGCAGAUGGCUUUUCACUAUUGUGCACUAAUCUGGAAAUUAACCAGUCAUUUCAUUGUUGAAGCAACCAUCCAAUAGGAUUUCAGUUGUACAGCUCUAUAACUUAUUGCCGGUUAGAGAACCCGUGUCAGAACCUGCAUGUUCCCAAUAAGGAUGGCAUUGUAGUGGAUAUUUUUUUUUUCAAAACAAUGUCAUCAUUGAAACAUGGCAGAGUUAGCAGAUUUUAUAAAUGUUUCUGAUAACAUGCUGGGAAAUUUUAAAUGUGAUGUUUUAAAUUAAUUUUGAAUAAAUCAUUUCUCACUGA